UCUGACACCAGAACAGGCACAUGAGGUACUGCUGAGAGACGGUCUGAACGCGUUAUCGCCGCCAAAACGGACACCAGAAUGGGUUAAAUUCAGUAAAAAUCUGUUCGGAGGCUUUGCUUUACUGCUAUGGAUCGGUGCCAUACUUUGUUUCAUCGCAUAUGGCAUUCAGGCCUCGUCUUUCGAUGAGGCACCUGAUGAUAAUUUAUAUCUAGGAAUAGUGUUGGCAUCGGU